UCCCGCUCCCGUCUGUCACCCGUCGCCGUCGCUGAGGCCCGCCGCUGAUCAUGGCUCAGGAGAUCAACGAGGAGCUCGGCAGGUGCCUGCGAGAGCGCGGGGUCAUCGGCGAGGUCCUGGACGGCGUCGAGAAGAAGACAAAGCUGAAACGAGAGCAAGUGGUCUACGGCGUCGUUGCCGUAAUCUGCUUGCUGUUUCUCAUCAACGCUCUGGGUGCGAAGGCAGCUGUUUUUAUUUCGACUGUGUGGCCGAUGCUGGGAAGUAUCAGAGCCAUCGACAGGGCGGACGUGGUGGCUCUCCAGAAAUGGACGGCCUACUGGAUAAUGUACGCCCUGAUCAAUGUCCUCUUCAACUUCAUCUUCAUCGGCAUCCAUCGCUACUUCAAGCGGAUUUUCUUCGUUAAGCUGCUCCUGCUGGCCUGGUGCGCCGCUCCCAUGCAAGCCAACGGUGCUAACAUCAUCUUCCAGAAAUGUCUGGCUGGCAAAAUCUUCAAGGAAGGCUCCCUGCUGCCGCCGAUGAUGGGCGGUGGCGGCCUGCCGCCUCCCAUGUCCGGCGGCAAGAAGGACGGCUCUCCCGACAAUAGUCGCAAGAUGAAGAAGUAG